UCCCCUUGGGGAAAUGAACCAUUUCUGUAGAAACCAAGGACCACUCUAGGCAGCCAACUUGGGCAGCACUGAUAGUAACUACAUCACAGCAACCACCACGUGGGAACAUCUGGGGACAGACAGACAGACACUGGGUUGGGAGUAUUAUCACAGCAGCCCUGUAAGGAGGUACCACCCACCCCCCAACUCAGAUGGGGAAACCAAGGCUAAGUCAGAAUAAUGGCUUGCUUAGUUGGCAAGAGGGGGAAUAAGUUGGGGAGCUUUAUUUUGAGGCGUUUUUGCAACUUUCUCAGCCCCAUUUUACUUAUUGUUAGAAAACAAUGGACAAAAGCUUGCUUCCAGAAAAGUAAUCAGCCAGGAUGCCUAGCAAUGUAGCUGGACUCUUGGCAGACCCCUCAGAAGGAUUAGCUGGUUUAGAGGGAGGGCCGUUUUGUUGAGGCCUGUCUCUGCUCCCUCCACCCCUCCCCUCUCCGAAUCAGGAAUGCUUGGUGCUCAUGGAGUACAAAGGCUUCCAACUAAAAUAAAAUAGAUAAUAAUUCAACAUAAGUGUCCCCUAAAGAAUGAUGGGAAUGAUGAAGGGUCGAUGAAGUUUGUUUCCAAGUGUGAGGGGCCGAACUACUAAGAAAGUGCUUUUCAAUAUAAAUGUGAUAAAUCUGAUCUCUUGACACGUUAUUCUUGGUAGCCCUCCUCCCGUAUAAUAUCCCAAAGGGGAUGAACUGCCCUUUGACGUGGGUUCUAACCUACAGCUGUUUCAUGAACACGCGCUCACUCGACCUGUCAGGACCUGUGUCCUCAGGACCCCCAGGCGGCAGAGCUUCAGGGCUCACAUUCCCCCCAGCCAGUCACUCUCCACUCGAAACUUCACAGAGUUCUUGGAAUUUUCCUCGCUUGCUGCGAGGAGAAUCCCAAGUGAGUCUGCUGUGUUGGAGCCAUUAAAAAGCAGCCAAACUACAGAUUUGAGGUAAGAGACACCGUAAAAAGGCAGAAAGAGCUAGUGGCGCGGAGUUGUUUCUGGCUCCUGAGUUGGCCUAGCGAGGCCCUUUCCCCUCUCUCGACCUCAGUUUCCCCUUCUGUAAAACAAAGGAGGUUCGGUACCGCGCUAACGCGAGACAGCGAAGCUCCCCUCAGGCCUGACAAAAGGAUGGUCUCCGGGCCCUGGAGCCUCCCUCUGAGAACGCGAUUCACCCGGAGGGCGGGGGCGCCGGGGCGCGUCCGCAGGCUUCCCCGCCCGCCCGCACGCACGAACCCCGGGCUAUCUGCUCUCCGCCGCGCCCCCGCACUCAGCCCCGCCCCGGCGAUUCCUCUCCCAGCCCCGGCGCGUGGAACCCCGCCCUCCCCCGAGUCCCCGAGCCCGGAGAGCGGAGGGCGGGGCGGGGCGGGGCGCGCGGGAGGCGGAGCCGAGCCGGGGAAUCCUGCUCUGGGCUAGCACCCGGCCCCGCAGAGCAGCCCGGCCGUCCAAGGGCCCCGGCGCCGGGGGCGGCGGGGAACCCCAGACGCAACCGGGUCUGGAGGGAUCCCCGCGCCGAGCCAGCCGCCGCCACCGCCUCCGCGCCGCCCCCGCGGGCUUGGCAGGCGCCCGGCGCGCCCGCACUGCGCCCGGACGCCGGCUCCCGCCGUCCCACCGUGAGCUCGCCGGCCCGUCGCCCGCUAGCCAUGCAGCCGCCGCCAGCCUCGCGCGCGUAGGCGCCCGCCGCAGGCCAUGCUGCCCCUGCUCGCCGCGCUGCUGGCCGCCGCCUGCCCGCUGCGGCCCGUCCGCGGCGGGGCCGCGGACGCGCCAGGCCUCCUCGGGGUGCCCUCCAAUGCUUCAGUCAACGCGUCCUCCGCGGACGAGCCCAUCGCCCCGCGGCUGCUGGCCUCGGCGGCCCCCGGGCCCCCCGAACGCCCGGGCCCGGAGGAGGCGGCGGCGGCGGCGGCGGCGCCGUGCAACAUCAGCGUGCAGCGGCAGAUGCUGAGCUCGCUGCUCGUGCGCUGGGGCCGCCCGCGGGGCUUCCAGUGCGACCUACUGCUCUUCUCCACCAACGCUCACGGCCGCGCUUUCUUCGCCGCCGCCUUCCACCGCGUCGGGCCGCCGCUGCUCAUCGAGCACCUGGGGCUGGCGGCGGGCGGCGCACAGCAGGACCUGCGCCUCUGCGUGGGCUGCGGCUGGGUGCGCGGUCGCCGCCCCGGCCGCCUCCGGCCCGCCGCCGCCCCCAGCGCCGCCGCCACCGCCGGGGCGCCCACCGCGCUGCCAGCCUACCCCGCGGCCGAGCCGCCCGGGCCGCUGUGGCUGCAGGGCGAGCCGCUGCAUUUCUGCUGCCUAGACUUCAGCCUGGAGGAGCUGCAGGGCGAGCCGGGCUGGCGGCUGAACCGUAAGCCCAUUGAGUCCACGCUGGUGGCCUGCUUCAUGACCCUGGUUAUCGUGGUGUGGAGCGUGGCCGCCCUCAUCUGGCCGGUGCCCAUCAUCGCCGGCUUCCUGCCCAACGGCAUGGAGCAGCGCCGGACCACCGCCAGCGCCACGGCAGCCACCCCCGCCGCAGUGCCCGCGGGGACCACCGCAGCCGCCGCCGCCGCCGCCGCUGCCGCCGCCGCCGCGGCCGUCACUUCGGGGGUGGCGACCAAGUGACCCGCUCCGCUCCUCCCUGUGUCCGUCCUGUGUCCGCGCGCGCGGGUGCCUUUCCCGCCGAAGACUCGGCCGAUGUGCUUCGUGCUGUAGUUAUCGUUAGUUCCUCUUCCCGAGAUGGGGCCGCCGAGAGGCCCCAGCGCCUUUGAAAAGCAAGGUUUGUGCUGCACUUCCAGUUCCGAAAAGCAGAUGUUUAAGCCCUUGGACUGAGGGUGGGAUCGCAGCUCCGAAGACGGAGAGGAGGGAAAUGGGGCCCUUUCCCCUCUAUUGCAUCCCCCUGCCCGACUCCCUCCCCGCACCCACGUGCCCUAUAUUCAUGGCAGAAAAUGACCAAAUCCUGUGUUUUUGUUUUAUAUAUUUAAUAACUGUUUUAAAUGAAAGUUUUAGUAAAAAAAUACAAAACAAAAAGAUUAAAUUGCUAUUGCUGUAGUAAGAGAAGCUCUUUGUAUCUGAACAUAGUUGUAUUUGAAAUUUGUUGUUUUUUAAUUUAUUUAAAAUUGGGGGGAGGGCAUGGGAAGGAUUUAACACCGGUAUAUUGUUACCGCCGAAAAUGAACUUUAUGAACCUUUUCCAAGUUGAUCUAUCCAGUGACGUGGCCUGCUGGGCGUUUCUUCUUGUACUUAUGUGGUUUUUUGGCUUUUAAUACAGACAUUUUCCUCCA